AUGAUGCUUUCUCAGUCUCCAUCUGCGCUGAAGGGCAUCCUUCCUGAGAACACCACCGCAGCACUGAUGAGCCAAAGCCAAAGAAUCCACCAUCAGCGCUAUGGGCAGAAGCAACUUGCAGAACAACUGCCUAAAUUAUUCAGAUCCAAAACGGGCCAAUCAACGCGCGGAGAUCGACUGUGGGCCAGGAUGCCCACCAAUCAGGACCCGCAGCGGACCGCUGGGCGGUUCCUGCAACACUCCGCGUGA